AUGUUGAACAAGUGGACCGAACUAGAGAAAGGUUUAUAUUUAGCAGUUUCCUUAAGAGGACAGGCUCAAGGUGUACUGGGGAAUUUGCCUAACACACACAAGCAUGACUAUGUCUUACUUGUGAAUGCAUUAGAGGAGAGAUUUGCACCCUCGAAUCAAAAUGACUUGUACAGGACCCAGCUGCGAGAACGCCGACAACGAGCAACGGAAACUUUACCAGAACUGGGACAAUCCAUAAGAAGACUCACAAGCUUGGCAUACCCAACGGCGCCAAGAGAUGUACAAGAAACGCUGACAAAAGAACAGUUUAUUGAUGCCCUCCAAGAUGCUGACAUGAGAUUGAGAAUAAAACAAGCAAGGCCAUUAAAUCUCAAUGAUGCUAUUCGACAUGCUGUCGAAUUGGAAGCAUUUGUUAAAUCUGAUCGUAAAAUGUUCGAAAAACAAACCCACUUACGACCAAUGCAGUCAGAGAAAACUGAGGGAAACAAGAAAGACAGAUCAGAUCAGAUCAGCACAAGUAUAUUGGUAGAGCUAAAGGAUGAAAUAAGAAAACUUCUUAAGGAAGUUAAUGACAUGAAAACAAAGAAUUCCCAGGAUGUUGUAUACAAAAAGAAAGUUGGAGCUACCAGCAAUAGACGCUGCUAUUUGUGUGGAUCUCCAAAUCAUUUCCGAUAUGACUGUCCACAAGGUUAUAGAACUCAACAAAACGCAGCAGCACAAAAGAAAUACUCAUAUAAUACAAAGAAACAUCCUGUACAAAACACAUUCAAAUGCAUCACGUCUUACAAAGCUCAAGUUGGCGUAAACCAGAUAGACCCUGAAGCUGGAAUGUACGUAAAAACUACCAUCCUGGGGAUUGAAGCGAAUUUGCUUGUUGACACGGGAGCAACACUAUCAGUAUUGUCCAGUAAAGUCUAUGAGGCUAUACAAAACAAACCAGUUUUGUACAAAACCAAUCAAAUAGUCUCUUCUGCAUGUGGGACCGACUUAACUGUGAAAGGAAAAACUAGCAUCUGCAUUAAUCUGGGUGAGAGUUUUUAUUGUCAAGAUGUCAUCGUAGCAGAUUUUUCUCUCGAUGGAGUCAUUGGACUUGACUUUAUGAAGAAAUACAAUUGUACGAUAGACAUAGUUAAUGGGUAUUUUAAGGUAAACAACAAAGUUUACAAAGUUGAUUUCUUUGGCAAAAUCGGUUGCUUUAGAAUUAACUCGAAAGAGGUGAUUGUUGUUCCUGCCAGAAGUGAGAUAGUGACUUAUUGUAAGGUCUCAAUGCCGUAA